GGCUUUGUUUCUUCUUAGUAAAGGAAUGUUGCUGCUAAUGGAGAGGAAGCUCGGUGAGGUGCACCCUCUUCUCACACUGUGCGGAACUAUAGUAGAAAACUGGCAGGGAAACCCCAUCCAGAAGGAGUCUCUGAGAGUCUUCUUCCUGGUCCUGCAGGUCACACACUACCUGGAUGCUGGACAGGUAAAGAGCGUGAAGCCGUGUCUGAAGCAGCUGCAGCAGUGUAUCCAAACCAUCUCCACACUCCAGGAUGAUGAGAUCCUGCCCACUAACCCCGCUGAUCUCUUCCACUGGCUGCCUAAGGAGCACAUGUGUGUUCUCGUAUAUUUGGUGACUGUCAUGCACUCCAUGCAAGCAGGCUACCUGGAGAAAGCACAGAAGUACACAGACAAGGCUCUUAUGCAACUAGAAAAACUUAAAAUGUUGGACUGCAGCCCCAUCCUCUCCACCUUUCAAGUCAUUCUGCUGGAGCACAUCAUCAUGUGUCGACUUGUUACAGGCCACAAAGCCACAGCAUUACAAGAGAUCUCACAGGUUUGUCAGUUGUGCCAGCAGUCCCCCAGGUUAUUCACCAACCAUGCUGCUCAGCUCCACACACUAUUAGGUUUGUACUGUAUCUCAGUGAACUGUAUGGACAAUGCUGAGGCACAGUUUACUACAGCACUACGGCUCACCACACACCAGGAGCUGUGGACAUAUAUUGUAACCAACUUGGCUAGUGUGUACAUAAGGGAAGGAAAUCGGCACCAGGAGCUUUACAAUCUUCUAGAGAGAAUAAACCCAGACCACAACUUCCCAGUGAGCUCCCACUGCCUACGUGCUGCAGCCUUUUACAUCAGGGGUCUCUUAUCCUUCUUUCAGGGACGCUACAAUGAGGCAAAACGUUUCCUUAGAGAAACUCUGAAGAUGUCUAACGCAGAAGAUCUGAACAGACUCACUGCCUGCUCUCUGGUUCUGCUGGGCCACAUUUUCUACGUACUGGGCAACCAUAGAGAAAGUAACAACAUGGUUGUACCAGCCAUGCAGCUAGCCAGUAAGAUCCCUGACAUGUCUGUCCAGCUCUGGUCUUCAGCGCUGUUGAAAGACUUGAACAAAGCCCUUGGAAACAGCAGGGAUGCCCAUGAAGCAACACAGAUGCAUCAGAACUUCUCCCAGCAGCUCCUGCAGGACCACAUUGCUGCCUGCAGCCUCCCUGAACAUAACCUCAUCAGUUGGACCGACGGCCCCCCUCCAGUCCAGAUUCAAGCGCAAAAUGGUCCAACCACCAGCCUUGCAAGCUUGCUAUGAAGCACCUUGUGUUACCUGUGCUUAUCGCUGGUAAAUGAUCACAAACAGCAAGCUGAUGCCCAACAACCUGUUUCCUGCUAGACCUCUGUAGCUUGAGAGGAUUUGAACAAGUGACAGGUUGGAUCUUCACUUUACUUUGCUUCUCAAGAUUUAUUGCCGAUUGCCUACUAUUCAUUUCCCUUCACGUUGUAAAACAAUAACACAAACACUGAUGACAUCGACACAAACUGGGCACCAGAUCAGGGUCGGUCUGUUGUUCAGAAGGACUGAAGGACACAUGGUGAUGGAGAACAAGACAUCAUUGCCUCACAUAUAGGGAACCCUUCUUCAUAUUUCCCUGGAGUUUUUUUCCCUUCAUUUAUUGGGAAAGCAAUGGGUUUCGAUAGGGAGCAGUAAAACGUAGAAAAAAAUUAAUUUAUUCAUGUUGCUAUUUUUGUAACUGUUAAAUAUUUUACAUCUCGCCUUUCGUUUGUAUGGAUGCUGUUGUUUCUGUCCCGUGCAUGGAACAAAUCGUUGCGGACUCCCUGUACAAUAGUUUUUGAGCAGAGUUGCUAACAUUAAACUCUUGAUCAUUUUUGCACAAAAUCCAUGGUAGGAAAUUAGGGGACUUGUAACUUAUUUUUCACAGAAUAUCAUUUUUUAAAGUCUCAUGUUUCAUGCUAGCAAUGUAUAAUUUUUUUUCAGACCAUAAACAAUUUAUUAUGUUUAAUAGAUGCAUUUAAAGAUGAGUAGAAAUUAUAUCAUCACCAAUACCCUAAAAACACAGACUUCACUAAUGUAUUUAAGUUCCAUGAUCAAGUAAUGCUUGUUCGCGUAUUACUUUUUGCAUACAAUGUCAAGACUUUGAGCUUUUUUUUUUUUUGGGAUAUGAAAAAAAUAAAAAAUUAUUUUAUUUUGUUACAUUUUAAUUUGUCUCGAUAGUUCUACUAAAUGGUCUUUUCACAAU